AUGGUGUUGCGGAAGGCGAAGUUUUCACGGCAAGGCACCUUUGCUCCUCAAGACUCGGACAUUCUGAAUGCCAUUGAUCAAAAGUUUGAAGAGAUGGAAGAGACCAUCAUCUUGGCAUCUUUAGUUCCACAACUCCAUGAACGUCUACAUGCAGUGGAGCAGAUGUUGAGAAUCGAUGUCGCGGCCAUGUGGAGUCCCGACAACGUGCAACUCGACAUGGAGACCGAACCGAAGCCACCGAAGCCCAUUUGGGGCGAGGAGGCCUCUCCCAAAGCUUCUGCACAAGCCAAGUCUGCGUCCGAAAAGGACUUCACUCCAGUCAAUUUGGAGAGCACGAAGUCCGAGGCGAAAGUCGAACCGAAUGUCAGUGAUCUGACAUCCAUGACCCCGGCUUCCAAACGUGCCAGUGUGCCCAAAGUCAUUGAAAUCUCACGAUCCAAGGUGAAGGAAAUGGAUGAGAAGACCUUGGAUACGCAGACCUGUGAGUAUUACACCUUUGGUGAAUCCACGUGGGACUUGGUGAUCUUCAUCGGGACUGGUGCUUUGGGACCCUUUGGCUCCUUCCAGACCUUUCUUUUGGCCAUCGUGAAUGUGCUUAUGCAGGUGGUGUUCGUGGCCAUUGCGUACUACAACUUCACCACACCGGACAUCAAUGAGAGCUCCAUCGUUGACAGUUUGAGGUGGAGGAGAUCGUCUGGGCAUUCCUUUGCAGACUACAGCCUUGUGGCCAAGGAGUCAUUGGUGAAUUGA